AUGGAUAAUGCUACCUAUGAUUUACUUUUUGCAAUACCAAUACUUGCAUUAUCUAUGGUCAUUCUACUCGAGGACAAUGGAAAGAAGCUAUGUGCACAACAACAAAAGCUAAAGACGCUCUCCAUACAUGCUCUAACCACACUUUUGUGGAGAAUUCUCAAUAUGGUGGAUCAUGGGCUCGGCCAGGUUGCUAAUACCUUCAACAAACUGAUAGGUCCUCGUUGUAAACAAGGAAAUACGUCUGAAGCCAACAAAUUGCUUAAUGUGAUGGUUGAAAGUGGUGUAAAACCUGAUACAUUCAUCUACAACAUUCUGUUAAAUGGUUAUUUUAAAGAAGGUCACUUCGAUGAGGUAUCAAGAAUCCUAAAAUUUAUGCAGAAGGAUGUUUUACUAUUCGAUCUUUAUAAUAUCAUUAUUAAAUGCUCUUCCGAAUCUGAUUAUGAAAAGCAAAACCUAUCUCCUGCUGAUCUUGAAAUGAGUCCUUCUACAACAGCUACUCCUACUGAUCCUACCGGUGUUAAUCCCGAAUUUGGUAGUGACGAUUCUAUACUAAGAGCUCCUAAAAGUCCGAGAUCCGAUGUGUGGAAUUUUUUCGAGAAGAUAGAUGUCACCAAUGAUAAACACGGGCCGACCCGCUCAGGCCCGGGCCUAGGUUCGGGCUCCGGUUUUUCCCGGGCCAAGCUCGGUUUUUCGGACCGGAUGGACAGGCCUACUUACAGCACUCUUAUGGAUGGAUAUUGUCUUAUAGGUGAAAUGCAUGAAGGAUUGAAAUAUUUCGAUCUCAUGCUUGAAAAAGCCUUCACAAUCAUGAUCGAUUGGAUGUUCAGAGUCGGUAGAACUCAAGUGGCCAAGAAUCUAUUUUGUGAUAUGCUUGCUAAAGAAUUCGUUCUGAACAUUGUGACAUAUACGUUUUUUGUGAUGCAGGGCCUUAUGAAUGAAGGUAUGUUAAACGAAGUUGAUGAUUUAUUUUUUUCGAUAGAAAAAUAUGGUUGCACUUCAGAUUCUAAUAUGCUUAACGUGGUUGUUCGAAUUUUGCUCAAGAGAGGUGAGAUGAGGAAAGCUAAGGAAUUUCUAUAUAAGAUAAAGAGCUAA